ACAAUACAGAAGUUCCUAGCAAUUCAGAAUGAAGCUAUCUCAGAUCCUCAGCACUGCUGCAUUAUGCAGCUUUGCACUUGCAAGCCCACUGCCAGGUAAUGCGAUUGCUGAGCGAGAGGCCAACCCUGUUACUCCUCCUGGCUAUGGUGCGAAGUACAUCUUGGAGGAUGACCUUGAUAAGCGUGAGCCGCAGAGGAACGCUUAUGGAAAGGCCUACACCCUGAAAAUGAAGGAUGAUGGCUUUGAGAAGCGAGACCCUCAGAAUACUUAUGGCAAGGCCUAUACCCUGAAGAUGAAGGACGACGGUUUCGAGAAGCGUGAGCCUCAGAGGAACACGUAUGGAAAAGCCUAUACUCUGAAGAUGAAAGAUGAUGGCUUUGAAAAGCGAGACCCUCAGAAUACAUAUGGCAAGGCUUACACUUUGAAGAUGAAGGAUGACGGCUUUGAGAAGCGUGAGGCUGAAAGUGAGGCUUGAAUGUUUAUUCAUAUUAUAAAUAUCUAGGUCAUAGACACAUGCAAUGUUGGUUUCAUGUGUCCAGUAAGAAACCCAAAU